CGGGGUCAGCACUGGAACAGCUCCUGCUCUUUCAUUUUCAUAAACACUUGCUGCCGCCGCCGCCGCCGCUGUGACUUCUCCCUCCCCGCAGCUGCCUCCUCUGCCUCCUCGGGGGCGGCUUCUUUCUUUAUUACCGCCCCCCCCCCCCUCCCGGAAACGGGCGGCUACGAGGCUUUAUUAUUAAUUAUGACGGUGGUUGUUAGGCUGAUGAUGACUUCGGGCCCCGGGGGCUCCCCCCCUCCCCUCCGUAGGAGGCGCCGCACAAAGGGCACAGUGUGAGGAGCCGCAGCUGGGGGUGGGUGCGCGCCGCAUCCCGAACUUGCAACGUGUGUGCGGGUGCGCGCGUGUCUGCGCGCGCGCGUGUUUGCAUUCAGGGACCGCUCCGUGUGUGAGUGUGGGUGUGCUGGCGCGCGUGUGCAUGCCUCCUGGUUUUUUCUCCCCCUCAUUGGGAGCGAGGAGAAACCUCUGCCUCUCUGCUUAGAGAUAUUUAUAUAUUUUUUUUCGGAUUGCACCAGUCCAGGGGCUGCCCUGCUGCUGCAGAAGCAAAGGCACUGUUCCCAUAGUGGGAGAGAGAGAGAGAGGGAAAAAAAGACCGAGGGAGAGCGGGAGAGAGACGGCACCCUCGGGCCUCUUUCCUUUGGGGAUCUUGGCGGGGGUAAUUCUCUAAAAAUACCUGCAAGCAGGAGAUGCAUUAGAAUAAAAUGGAGGAGGGGUUGCAGCAGUGAUUCGCGGUGUUAUUUUCAUUUGGCUCCCAUGCAACUCCUGGGGCAGUGAUCAUUCAGGGCUCUAGUCUCCCUCCCCUCCCCUCCCCCAAGCUUCUUUUUCCCUCCUCUUUUAUUAUUUUUUUCACUUUUGCUUUUUGCUUUUUGUUUUUUUAAACCGACAUUUCUCUCCUAUGCUUUGCCAUGAGAAUGUCCGCCAAGCUCCUUGCCCUAGUCAUGUGGUCUUCGUUUUUCAACCCCAGUUUUGCAUUCAGCUCCCACUUCGAUCCUGACGGAGCCCCACUUAGUGAGCUGUCCUGGUCCUCGUCCCUUGCUGUGGUCGCUGUUUCUUUCUCUGGACUCUUUACUUUCAUCUUCCUCAUGCUGGCUUGCCUGUGCUGUAAGAAGGGAAACAUCGGGUUCAAGGAGCCCCCAGGGAACCCUGGAUCAGGAUCCACGGCUCACGGGAGGUCUCCGUCUCCGCUUCCCCCCCACCAGGAGUUUGAGAAUGCCGAGGGUGACGACUACACCACCGAGUUCUCCGUGCAGGGGUCUCCGGCCACGCAGAAUGGCCCCGAGGUGUACAUACUGCCCCUCACUGAGGUCUCACUCCCCAUGGCCAAGCAGCCUGGGAGAUCAGUUCAGCUGCUCAAGUCUACAGAUCUGGGACGCUACAGCCUUCUGUACCUGAAGGAGAUUGGCCAUGGCUGGUUUGGGAAGGUUUUCCUGGGCGAGGUCAAUUCGGGCAUCAGCAGCACCCAGGUGGUGGUGAAGGAGCUGAAAGUGAGCGCCAGUGUUCAGGACCAGAUGCAGUUCCUGGAAGAGGCCCAGCCGUACCGGGCUCUUCAGCACAGUAACCUGCUCCAGUGUCUGGCCCAGUGUGCAGAGGUGACGCCCUACCUGCUGGUGAUGGAAUUCUGUCCACUGGGAGACCUCAAGGGCUAUCUGCGCAGCUGCCGGGUGGCCGAGUCCAUGGUCCCAGAUCCCCUGACCCUGCAGCGGAUGGCUUGCGAGUUGGCCUGUGGAGUUCUACACCUACACAAGAACAACUAUGUGCACAGUGACCUCGCCUUGAGGAACUGCUUACUUACGGCUGACCUGACUGUGAAAAUUGGGGACUACGGCCUCUCUCACUGCAAGUACAAAGACGACUACUUCGUGACGGCCGACCAGCUGUGGGUGCCGCUGCGCUGGAUUGCCCCCGAGCUCAUCGACGAGGUGCACAGCAACCUCCUCGUCGUGGACCAGACCAAGGCCAGCAAUGUCUGGUCGCUGGGCGUAACCAUCUGGGAGCUGUUUGAGUUGGGGGCCCAGCCCUACCAUCACUACUCUGACCGCCAGGUGCUUACCUACGCUAUCAAGGAGCAGCAGCUCAAGUUACCCAAGCCCCAGCUGAAGCUGUCGCUCUCAGACCGCUGGUAUGAGGUGAUGCAGUUCUGCUGGCUGCAGCCGGAGCAGCGGCCCACCGCGGAGGAGGUGCACCUGCUGCUGUCCUACCUGUGUGCCAAGGGCACCACAGAGGCCGAGGAGGACUUUGAGAAGCGGUGGAAGUCCCUGAAGCCCAGCGGGACGGGCGGAGCCGGCCACUUGGGCAGCGUGGCCGAGCUGUCCUCCAGCUUCCCGCUCCUGGAGCAGUUCUCUGGGGACGGCUUCCAUUCGGACGGCGACGACAUCUUGACCGUGAUGGAGACCAGCCAUGGGCUCAACUUUGAGUACAAGUGGGAGCCCAACCGGGCCGAGGCCUUCCAGACUCCCGCGGGCACCCUCAGCCCCCGCCACGCCGCCCACUACCAGGACCUCUACUACCCGGCCAGCUCCUCCGCCAGCCACCUGAGCCUGGGGGUCUCACCUUCCUGCUACGAAUGCCCUCCGCCUGGCGUGGUGCCCAUCCUCAGUGCCCACAGCCCCUCCGUGAGCAGCGAGUACUACAUCCGCAUUGAGGAGCCCGCUGACUGCGACCUGGACUUCACCAUGUGCUCCUCCAGCCCCGAGGGCCAGCAGGCGUCCCCCGAGGCGGCCGCCCCCUGGUGUGACAAAGAGGGGCCCGUGGGGGGGACUUACGACUCAGACAGCAGCCCCACUGUGUCCCUGACCAUGGAGCCCCUCCUGGGGCAUGGACCCAGCGGGGAGGGGCCCUGGGACCACCCUGACUACUACUCCCACCUGAGCUGUAGCAAAGACUCGCUCUGCUACCAGCCUUCCCCUGCAGGGGACUCGCGGACCGAAGACAUUUUGUUGGGGGAUGGCAGGGUGGGUGCCGGCAAAGACUGGGGCCUUCCAGGCUUCAGCCAGGCUUUUUUUGAGGACCCAUUGGGGGUGUCCCCCUCGGGGAAUGCUGUACCCCAGGAGUCACCAGGGGGGGCCCAGGAAGCAGCGGUGGGAGAACCGGCGAAACAGGAGGCGCGGGGCAGUCCCGAAUCAGUCAUGGUUGAGCUGGGUGAGCCUGAGAGUCUGCCUUGUGGCAGCUCCCAGCAGGCGGGUGCCGAGGAGGCAAGCUUGGCUGCCCAGCAGAGACACUGGACCUCGAACGUGUCUGCCAAUAACAACAUCAACAGCGGCUGCCCCCCUGAUUCCUGGGCCGCUCACUUUGUAGACUCCUACUUGGGAUCAGGAGAGUGCCCGGGCACAGAAGCUAACCCGAGUGAGCCCCUUGCCCCGGACCAUGUGCCGGCCCCGCCCCUUCCCGAGGGUCAGGGGUCGGAGGGAGCUUUCCCGGGGCAGGGGCCAGGGAGCCCACCCAGCUUUGCUUCACACUGCCAGGUGGAGGAGGGCCCGGCUCCGGUCACCACCUCUCCCUCCCCGAGGAUAGACCCGGACGCCACAGACAGGAGGGCUGUAGAUCUUGGGGCCGACCAGAAAGCCCCGGAGGAAGCCCUGGCCCCCUGCGGUUCCCCAGCCCGGUCUCCCUUGCCCUCCCCUCCCCAAGGGAGAGCCCUGCUUCUCUCCCGGGCGGCGGGCAGUCUGGCCCCUGCUCCUAAGCCCGACUCCCCCGUGCCAUGGGACUGUAGCCAGAGUCACAGCAACGAGCCAGACCAGACGCUGGACAGCAGCGGGAGCUUCCCUGAGCUGGAAGGGCCAGGCAGCGAGGACGAGGACACGACAGAGGCCACCUCCGGGGUCUUCACGGACUUUUCCAACGACUGCCUUACUGAGAAGCCUGACACAACCCCUGCCUUCCGCUCCCUGCAGAAGCAGGUGGGAACGCCGGAUUCCCUGGAGUCUCUGGACAUCCCAUCCACGGCCAGUGAUGGCGGGGAGAUCUACAGCCCGACAGUGUCCUACCCCGCCACCGGGCAGCCCCGGGCGCUCGACAGCGGCUACGACACGGAGAACUAUGAGUCCCCCGAGUUUGUGCUCAAAGAACCCCAUGAGCCCCGAGACUCCGAGGAUUUUGGGCCCCUGGGAAAGGAGGACGAGAGCCCCGCCUUGGAGAUGAGGCUUUCGUCCUCCAUCAGUGCUGAGCUGCACGGUCUGAAUGAGAAAAACCCCUACCGAGACUCGGCCUACUUCUCUGACUAUGACACAGAGACCGAGAGGCCCUCCCAGGGUGGGGAGGAGGAGGAGGAGGAGGAGGACAGCGAGCCCGGAGACACAGAGUCCAGCCCGCUGGGCCCCCAGCCCCACAGUGGGGACGCUCCAACCCCGGAGGAAGCAGGUGCUCAGCCUGCCUCUGCCCCUGCUGGGGAGCCCCCUCCACGGGCCAUCGGAGGAGGAGACCAGGAGAGCCCCGAGGCCCUGGGAGAAGGGCUGGCCCCUGCUGCUGCCCCUGCCCCUGCCCCCGCUCCAUCCAAAUUGUUCUUCCUGACUCCCGUUCUGCCAAGCUCGGAGGGCCGGGGGGCUGCGGAAAGCUGCCACGGACCCCAGGAGGCCCCAGGCCUGUCCCCCACCUUGGUGGGCCAGGGCACUUGGGACCUGGUUCCUGGGGCAGAGGUGCAAGAGUGGAAGGAAGCCACGGCCUGCGAGAGCCAGCCGGGGGAGAAGCUGGCCCCACGGCCCACCCCUCUGCGCCUGGACCUGUCGGACCUCCCGGCAGCCAAGGAGAGCCGGCCGGCUGAGGAGGAGGAGGAGGAGGACUCGGACGACAGCGACGAGUCGGACGAGGAGCUGUGCUGCUACAACAUCCAGGAGCAGAGCGAGGAGAGCGAGGAGGAGCCGGCCGCCGUGCCCAUUGUGGUGGCCGAGAGCCACAGCGCCCGCAACCUCCGCAGCCUCCUCAAGAUGCCCAGCCUCAUGUCCCAGUCCUUCUGUGAGGACCUGGACCGCAAGAAAAAGGCCGUCUCCUUUUUCGACGAUGUUACCGUCUACCUCUUCGACCAGGAAAGCCCCACGAGGGAGCUUGGGGAGCAGCACUUCCCUGAGACGAAGGAAGCGGCUUCCUCCUUCCUGCCGAGCAGCCCCACUUCUCUGAGCCCCUCGGACCAACUCAGUGCAGCAGACAAUUUCUCCGACAGGACGGUCUCUGAAGAGAGUGAGCCUGGUGGUGGGUUCGAGUGGGAUGAUGAUUUCCCGCUAAUGCCAGCCAAGAAAUCUUUUGUGUCUUCACCGGGGCCUGGAGUGCCGGACUCCAUGCUGCCCAGCCUGGCCACCCCACCGAAGCAGGUGCUGCCCAUCCAGUUUUCCCGCUUCACUGUGUCUCCCAGCCCAGUCUCCCGAUUCUCCAUCACACAUGUCUCUGACUCGGACAUCGAGUCUGUAGGAGGUCGUCUGUAUGGAGGUUUAAGUUGCAGAGCGCUAUCAUCAGCCCAAAGCAAGAUAACGCCAGGGUCAGUCGUCUGGUUUUACUGAGGAGGAAACUGAGAAUCUCGGCCAGAUCCUGUCACCCCCGAAGGAAGCAGUGAAGACGGGGACAGAGAAUAGCCUGGGCCUGGACGGCACUUUGGAGAGUGCCCGGCACGGCCCUGUGGACCAGGGCGAGGAGAGACGGCCCUCCCAGCCCCAAGAUGAAGCCGCGGAGGAGAUGGGGGGGCGGGGGUUGUCAAGAACUCAGCUCUAUUUUUUUAGACAGAUUUUAUCAGAGGCAUUUGAUUUGCUGCUAGCUCACAGACAUCACCCACCCCCGGCCUUCUGCCCCUUUGUCCGGUACCGGUGCAGUCACGGGCAAUGGUCCAUGCGGACCUACCUGCUGAAGGCGCGCGGGUUUGUGUACAAAUAUACAUACGUAAAUGAUAGCGUUAAAGGGUAGACCUGCAGAACCCUGCUCCCCAUCUUACCCCCGUCGAAGAGGCUGACUAUGACCCCAGUAUUGCUUGCUCCUCCCAAUGGUCUGUGGCCUCUCGGGGCUCCCCCCUUGCUGCUGCCCCAGUGCCUCGUGCUCCCCUGCUUCCUAGAGCUGUAGUUGGGGGCAGGAGCCCCCCCCCCCCAGGGCCUUCCUCUGGGCCCCUGCUCUCUCGGCCCCUGCUGUACAUACAUUGGAUUUCUGAGCCCCCUCCCUCGUGUCAUUCAGUAACAGCCCCCUUGGCUUCUGCUGGAACUCGGUUUCACCUCGUUUCCCUCUACAACUCACCUAGAUGGCUGGUUGCCUGAGCUGGCUCCAGGCCCGACCCUCCUGCCAGGAGCUGAAGCUGCUCAUCUCGGAUGGCACCAGGCGAGGGACUCCCCACCCACCCCUCCCUCUGCUCCCUCUCUCUCCAUAUUCCCUUGUUUUGUUUUUGUCCCUUUAACCCUUCCCAAGCAGAAGUCUGGGCAAUAUUUCCCAAGCAGCUAUUUCUCUCUGGCUACAGCCCGGAAACGUGAUGGGUCUCUCCCUCCAGAAAACAAGGUUUCCUCGGCCCAGGGCCUCGGGGCUUCGAAGCCGUGGGAACGGGUGGGUGUCUCUAGCAGCACAGCCCCAUUCAUCAGUCAGACUAUGGAACUCUGGGGGUUUCCUGCCCCUUUACCACGGGCCCUAUUCUGGAGGUUUCUUGUGGGGAGCAAGGGCUAGGCAGGGGAGAGCACCUUUCUACAGGGUGCGCAGGUAGUGAACGGAAGAGUUUUCUGGGCCGUAACUGCCUCAAUCUGCCACGGAGAGCAAGGAGGGGACCCCCCACCCAGCUGUCCACUUUCAUGUUCAAUGUUGGAUCCCUGUUCCCCCUGUCCAGGGGCCCAGGAAUAGGUGGGGGAGGGAGCAAAUGGCAAAUGGGGCUCUGUGGGAAUAUUUUUGUAAUGGCUAAUGCAGAGAGAAUGGGACCGUGAUAAUUUAAGUUAUUGUUGCCAAAGAGAUGUAAAGAGUUUAUUGAAGGGGUGGGUGGGG